AUGAGUGAUCAGAAGGUAGUUCUUGUUACAGGGUGUGCAAAGGGUGGCAUUGGUUAUGAGUAUUGCAAGGCUUUUGCCGAGAAAAACUGCCAUGUUUUCGCAUCCGAUAUCCCCCAACGAAUGCAGGACCUCGAAGAUUUGCAUUCCGAGAAAAUCGAGACAUUAGAGCUGGAUGUCUCAUCGGAUGAAAGUGCAACGAGCGCGAUAAAUUCUGUGAUGUCCCGGCGUGGGAGGAUAGAUAUAUUAAUCAACAAUGCUGGGAUCGGGGGCACCGGCCCUUUGGCUGAGCUUCCAUUGGAUGUUAUACGAAGGACUUAUGAAAUUAACACUUUGGGGCAAUUGAGGAUGAUCCAACAGGUUGUUCCACACAUGGUCGCGCAACGGAGUGGAAGCAUUGUAAACAUUGGGAGCGUUGUUGGGAGGGUGCCGACACCAUGGACCGGGGCGUACUGCACUAGCAAGGCGGCGGUACAUGCGAUUUCCGACACUCUUCGGGUCGAGCUCCGGCCAUUUGAGAUAGACGUGAUACUUGUGCUUCCAGGGGCAAUCAAGUCGAAUCUUGGGAGAAAUAACUUAGAGAAAUUGAAGAACUAUGAUUGGAAAGUUUACAAGGAUUUUAAUGAAUCUAUAAUUGAGAGAGCAAGAGCUUCUCAAGUUGGAAAAUCGACUGAUGCAGCAUUGUUCGCUAGGCAUGUAGCAAGCAAGGUUUUGAGUCCUAAACCACCAAAACAAAUUGUGUUUGGUCAUAUGACUGGACUGUUUACUUUUCUUUCAUGGUCUCCCCUUUGGGGCCAAAACCAGGCCCAAAUCCAGGGGGCCGAGGUGGAUGCACCUUGGCCCUUGAUUUUAAUUCAUGUGGGGUCCUCUUCCUUUAAAUCAGGGGCUGAGGUGAUGACACCUGAUGCACCUCGGCCCUUGAUUUUAAUUCAUGCGGGGUCCUCUUCCUUUAAAUCAGGGGCUGAGGUGAUGACACCUCAGCCACCUGGAUACUGGUCGGUCCUUCACCCUGGCCGACCAGCAUUUUUCAAUUAA